AUGGCGGGGGUGAGCCCAUCCCUCCCUACUGCACUCCAACAGGAACUUCUGUGUGUGAUCUGUGAGAAGCUCUACUCUACACCGAAAGUUCUACCAUGUCUUCACACAUUCUGUCAAGACUGUUUGGAGGAACGCGCCAAAGAAGACACUACCUUCAACUGUCCGGUUUGCGACACAAGAACUGAGCUGACCCUGGAGGGUGUGGAACAACUACCGGAAAACACGGCCAUUUUGGAUCUUUGCGACCGAAUCCACAACCAAGAAGUCAUGCCACAACUUGUACUGGACUCAGACGAGGAAGAAGAAUCAGAGGAAGAGGAGAGAAAGUUGUACAUGUUCUGUCAAACUCACAGUAAAGAGAAGCAACAGCUCUACUGUAUGCAGUGUAAGGUUCCUUCCUGUACCGAGUGUUUGGACGAAAUCCACGCAGGACAUCGCAUGAUGUCGUUGAAAAGAGCCCUCGACGAUCGCAAAGUUUCGGUCGCGACAUUCUUAAACCGAGGGAAGGACCUGAUGGAGAACUACUGCAGCUACAUACAGGGUUUGCGAGAAACAGAGAAGAACCUACACGAACAGAAACAGCAAGCCGACAACAGCAUCACGCAAGCAUACCAACAGAUGAUCCGCAAACUCACUGACACCAAAGAAUCGAUGCUGAAAGACGUCCACGAGAAGCAUUUGCAGAACAUCCGCGCGAUCCACCAAACCAGAGACCCGCUGUUAACAGAGGUGUACGAACUCGCUUCGGCCUGCGAAGGUGCUCAACAAGACCAGGACCAGACCAGACCGGACUUUACCAUUCGAGAGAAACAAUUAGUGCAGGUUGUUAGGGAGAUCUCGGAAAAAGUAGCCCGCGCACCCACCCCACUACCAACUCCCCCACUCACACCGCUAACUCCACGAAUGGAAGAGUGGGACAUGUGACGUUUAGUGUCAUUCAGAAACUGGAAAGGGUCAACAGAACCAAGCCGCAAGAUUCUGCACAAACAACUAUGAAAUAGAUGAUAGUGUCACGGAAAUGAAAAGAAACCUACAGUGGGGAUUGCUGGAAGACAGACGAAA